AUGGGUGUUGCGGCUUGUACCACCGAGGCUACCACAGAGGCGUAUUUUGGGAAUAGCCCUGCCAGCGAGUUCAAGAAUCUCAACACCGUCCAUUUUAUAGACAAAGAGGCAUUUAUCAAGAUCAAUCAUGGCCUUGACGAAACGGAUUCCUGGUUUAGAGAAUGGAGUGAGCCUGUGAAAGUGGCCAACGCCCUCUUCAGAAAGGGAGUCUUCAAUGAGCAGCGCCCAAGGUGGACCGAGGCUGGCUGUCUCUUCAUCGCUCUUUGCAUUCAUCGCACCAAUUUGGAGCAGAACCUUGGUAAACCCUUCGGCAAUGAGUCGGUUAAUGGAGCACUUCAACGACCCGUCCGAUCACCUAAGCUUUGCUAG